AUAAGCUGGUUGGAGCUUCAAUAGGAACUUACUCCAAUGAACUACUAUUAUAGAAUAUUUGAAUAUUCCUUCAUUUAACAGGUUGAAACUAUCACUUAAAGUAUCAAUAUAGUUUUUAAAUAAUCUUUCGCUCGCGUUUGCUAUCUAAAGAAUCGAUAUAGAUAUACAAAAGAUAUUUUAUUACUUUCUUGAUGCGUUUUAAGAGUUAGUCUUUGAAUGUUGUAUAGAUAUAUGUUUAUGGCGUAGUUAAAUGGAUUUCAACCGAAUUGGAAGUUAAUCCUGAAGUCAUAUAGAUAUCUGGUGAGAAUAAAGGUGCGUGCCUCGGUUCCGCUAACAGCGACCUGAUCAGCAAUUACAUACAAGUACUUAAUGAAUAGAAAUUUAAAACCAAAACUAGUAAAAGGCCUUGGACUCCAUCCAGAAUCGGUUAUUAGCAACGGUGAAUAACGCAAACAAGAGUGUCAUAUACCAUCCGAAGAGAUGUCACAGCAGCGCGGUGUGAACCCUCACGCGCGAUCCCUGCGCUACCUGAACCCUCAGGAUACGUUCAAGACGACGUAUGGGACGUCCUAUCAGGAUAUGCCCACCGCAAAAGUCUCCCCUGUUUACGACGACUACCGUGAGCGGGACUAUGAGAACUACUCUUACUACCCCCGGGAUCUCUCCCCGUACCCCAUGACCCGGGACCCGGAGUCGAAGUUCCGGGACCCACGACCUUUCCGGACGGACCCACAGGAAGUGUAUGGGGACCGCUACGACGGAGAUAUGUCCUACAGAAGCCGGUUUGAAGAUUCAACGUUGAGGAGAGAUGAGUAUAGGGAGCCCAUCCCGAACCGCCCCCGGGAGCAAAUGGACGAACCGAGCUACCCGUCAAUGGAGCGGUCGCAGGGCCUGCAUAUGGAGCGGGGCCGUCCAGGUAAGGUGUCCAGCAAGGCGGAGAAGCUACUCGCCCAGUAUGACGACCUCGUGGCGGAAGGACAGAACAUAGAUCCGUCAGAACUCAAACUGGAAGUCUGUAACCAGUGCUUCAAAUCUAACGUCUGUAUGAACAACCUUGGCUGUGGCCACCACUACUGUGACGAGUGUAUGGCGCGCAUGCCCGGGGCUGACGGUCCCUUCCGUGACUCAGUCCGGUGGUACUACAACUGCCCCUUUGACAACAAACGUACCUCAGAGGCCAAGCUCGUGCGCACGGACCCGUAUGGCCGCAGACUGGGUACACGACCAAGCAGUCGUUAAAACUGUCGACCGUGAGGUUUCAUGACGUUGGGUAUUUCAAAACCACCUAGUAGACAGCAACAUGGAGCAGAACAGAGCCGGCGUGGACCAAGAGAUUACUUGAAUGUUGGACUGUGAUAUAUAACAUUGUAAUUUAGCUCAAUCGACUGCCUUGUGUAUGUGCACAUCCAUAAAACAUCUCGAGAUAUAUUUUCAAUGUUUGCAUGCAACAUUUUCAUAUUUCAUGAAGGAUGCUUGGUUUUAUAUUGUACAUUUGUUUUAAAGAAGAAUAUAAUAUUAUAUCUAUAUUAAUAUAUUUACAUGUCGUUUCAUUUUUUUUGUCAUGUCAACAUAUGUUUGUAAAUUUAAUCUUUUGUUGUAUUCCAUUCAUUUUUGAAAAUACGUCAGUUGAGGUUUUUUUUACAUUUCUAAUCCACUGUACAUUUGGGUACCAAACGGUUUUUAUAAUAUGAUAUUGUAUUUUUGCUAUAAAUCAUCUCAGUUUUAAUAAAUAUUUAUUC